AUGCGACGUCUAACCAUCAUACUUGGUACCAACCCUUCCAACCCUUCUACUUCGUAACCCCUCUAACCUCUAACUCCUCUAACCAUUCCAAUCCCCCUACUCUCACUGGUUUAACUGAACCCUACCCACAAAACUAACUUGAUGUUGAUGACACGGUCUUUGCCAGAUCAACACCUGCACCUGCAACCUGCACUGCACUGCACCUGCAGCAGCACUUCUUCCCCCGCGUAAGUACUCGUACGUUUCCGUCGGCCAAAACACACCUCGAUAUUUACGAGCAAACAAGCAUUCAUAUAUCAGAGUCAACUGCAAAUCUCUGGGUCCGCCCCUGAGCAACAGCUGCUGCCUGUGGCACCCAAUCCCUUCUUAAGUCUUCUCCACCGCAACACCACAUCCACACCCACUUGGUGCUGCAUCAUCUCUCGGCCACCGGACAGGCUAGUUCUUCGGGGUCGAAGACUCGGUGGAGUGAACCAUCGGAUUCGGGGUCAUGAACAACAACAAUAUCACCCCGAAUAUCUCAUCUGCCUCCACGACGCCCUCACAGCAGCAGCACCAGCAGCACCAGCAGCACCAGCAGCAACAUCACCAACACCAACACCAACACCAACACCAACACCAACCGCAGCCGCAGCAGGCGCCGCCACCUGUCCGGCGGCAAGGGUCAGAAGAGGACGAUGGGCUGCCAGUCGUCGCCUGCCGACGCUGCCGAAAACAAAAGGUAAGGUUAACUUAUAUCCUCAUUCUCCUCCACUUGUCCUACAUAUGCUACACAUAUGCUACAUGACUUCCCUAUGCGGCUCAGUCCCACUUACAUCCGCGCAGUUAAGAUGUACUCGCGAGCUUCCGGCCUGCAAGAGGUGUCGUGAUCUAUCGACCGCGUGCACAUAUCCUCCGCCGCCAGAUAGAAAACUUCUGGCCGCCCAAAGAUGGCAAAAUGCAAAAGCGCGUGCUCGUGCAGAAGCUGGAAAACCCCCUCUCCCGACAGAGCAACAAAAGCUCCCAGCGGUAAUCAAAAUGGAGCCCAAUGUCGUCGUGAGCAAAGCUCCCUCGCCUCGCAAGACAUCCAACCUUCAUAUUUUGCCCACCGCAGUCGAGAAGGAUUACCAAUCUCCAAUUCAGCCAGAAAUUAGAGAUUCGCAUUGCUUCCAUGAGACUCUCGUCUUGCCAAAAACGGCACUACCAUCACCGGAAGUGGCCCAGUAUCUGUUUGACGUGUACUUCGGUCAUAGUUUCCAUGCCAGUUUGAUAUACCAUCAACAGACAUUUCUGCGUGACUAUGCUGACAACAAGGUCUCGGACUAUGCGGUUCUAAGUAUUUUUGCGUUGGCCACCAUGUAUUUCGCCUUUCCUGCUGCCCGAGGCUCUCACUAACGUAGUGAUAGAUAUCUGCGCAAACCAUCGCAUACUGACGACGAUGUGAUUGAACUUGGCAACUCGAUCGUAUCAGCCACGGAGCUCUACGACCAGGGGCGCGAAUGGGCAACCGCAUCUACUCAACGGUUGUUAUUGCAGUGUGACAUGCCUCAGAUAGAGACAAUUCAAGCAUGCCAAAACCUCUCGGUUUACUGGUUCUCGGUGGGCGAUGUGAUGAAGACCGAUUUUUAUACUAGUAAGUCUCUAUUCAAUCACAAGCGGCCUAGUCGUCCUUAUCAUUGCGUAGACAUUGCGUAUCAACAUGCUCGAACUUUACGACUCGAUACCGAACGCCAUGCUGGAGAGACCAAUGAGGAAAUCAUCUUUAUUGCAGAACUCGAACGGCGAUGUUAUUGGGCCACCUGGGUUGCUUCCGUCGUUGAUCGUACUGGAAAGCAUCUUGUGGCACCUUGGAAGACCAUUGUUGGUCUAUUAUUACCUUGUCCGGAAGAAGAAUACCAGAAUAAGACUCCUACGACUUCUCAUAGAUACAACAAGCAAGGUGACGUUGAAUCUUCAACCCCCGGUGAACCUGUAAAGCUUUCAACGUUCGGGGCAAUAAUAUAUUUCUUCAGCCUAUGGUAAAACCAUAACCCCGUUACUGAUCUUCAGUCACUGAUGAGAUUAGGGUUGAAAUUCGAAGAUUCGUUGAUGCACUUAAGGAUAUCAAAGAGAUGGAUGUGCAACGGACUGUUGCAACAUUUCUGGAACUAGAUUCAAAGCUCAGUCUUGCAUUAGAUUACCUUGGCCCUGAGCAUCGAUAUGCAGACUUGGCCACUUUUACAUCCCAGAAAUGCGACAACUAUAAACUCUUCUGGCUACACGGUUUGUAUAGACUGGGCGCUCUGACACUUCAUUCGUCUUUGGUUCCUGUAUUUUCCAAUGACCCACCUCAUCCGCUUAUAUCCAAAAAGCUGGUGCGACUUUCAGCUGAAGAGGUCAUUAGACAUUCGGCUUGCACGCUGGACAUGGCAACUGCCUUUUUAAACACUAACCCAGACCUUUCACGGAUGGCAAGUACGACGGCUUAUCUUCUGUUUGUUGCAAUAAAUCUCCACUUCAGAGCUCUUGUUGCCCAAAGAACCUUGCGAAUUCAUGGUCUGGGCCGCUUUAAAGCAGCCAUCUUUAUCAUUGAUCGUCUCCAAAUAUAUUGGACAACCUUGAGUGGAUUGGUAUGCCUCAAAUACCCUCCCUGCUAAUGCUAUGACUGACGAAAAACUAGUGGACAAAACUAGAGACGCUCUUUUCUGAUGCUGGUUUUGACAUCAACUCCGUUCGUGAGAAUAACUUUGAUCAACAGACAAACCCUGACGAUCAACCUCCGGAUAUUGAGAAAAUAGUUUCUUCUAAAGAAAGCCCUCUCCAAGGCAACACGGACUUUUCAAAUUUUACGGAAAAAAGAGACGCAGCUCGUCUUUCUUUACGACCACGAUCAACUUCCUCAACCCACGCAACCCCAGGUUCUCACGCCUCUGGACAAAACAGCCCUUCGCCCAUUGUCCCGAAAAUGGAUAGUCCAAGUUCUAGAAACGAUAAUAAUGCCUCACAAUCCGAUUACUCACCCCAUACGAAGGCACAGCCUUUUAAAGCAAUGUCUCCGCAAGGUCCGACGAAAAUGUACACGCCCGUGCCCCGAGACUCGACAUCGAAUUCACAAUGGCCAGCCUUUGGUCACCCAGCAUCGCAACCACCUCCCCAAGCAGGGUUCAAUCGUCAUCCUGCCUCUGUCCCGGGAGCUGCUUAUUCCACUCUGGGAACGGUGAAUGAGAACGUCGAAAUGAGGAAUGUGUACGGUGGCUCGCACCCACAGAUGACCAACUAUCCUCCUGGGUAUGGAUCAUCGAUGGGGUACGGCAUGGAAAAUGUGCCGGGGGCGAUGGGGCGAGAAUUCGAGAUGGAGGUUGAUGAGAUGAAUUUUUGGUGGGACCAGAGUUUUGAUGCCUUUGAAACUGGGGGUGGUGGGUCUUUGAAUCAAGGAGGGGGAGCGUUUGAUGUGAGGGGGGAUCCGAGUGGGGAGCAGCAUGGGUAUGGAUUUGUAAAUAACUAUACGUUUGGUUAG